UUGUCGUCUUAUAACAGGAUUUCUCACUGGCGCGAAAAAACGCACUGCGCGGCUUCUCUUCCACAGGACGACCGCCUGCUUCCUGUUUGCCGUCUUUACAAAGAACUCACUUCAAAACAAAGAAACGCAGCUUCACGUAAGGACUCGACCGGUGGGAAUUGUCAAUGACCUACAUUUACUCGGUUAAAGAGGAUUUCAUAACCUUAAAGGAGGAUUGUUUAAUCAGCGCCAACAAUGGAGCUGGACUAUUACCAGCACUAUUUCUUCGAUGACUUUGACACUGAAGAGGAUUUUUACAAGUCAAUCGCGCCGAGUGAGGGCAUUUGGAAAAAGUUCGAGCUGCUGGCCACCCCUCCCAUGUCGCCAACCCGGACUCUGCAGGGCGGGGAUGAAUGCAUGUCGCCGGGAGACAAGCUGAGCUGGUUGUCCAAAGUCCUGGGUCAGGACGAGGAGUACAAGGGCAAUGGCUUGUUCGGCAACCUCAGCUCCAUCAUCAUCCGGGACUGCAUGUGGAGUAGUUUCUCUACCAGCAAGCAGCUGGAGAAGGUGACCGGCAGGCAGUUGGCACCGCCCCAGCGACCCGGAGCUGCUCCCGCGGAGACACAAGCACACCCGAGGCCGAGCAAAGCGCAGUGCGUCUCGGCCGGCGCUCCGCUCCCCACGUCGGCGGCAGACUGCGUCGACCCUGCGGCGGUUCUCACCUACCCGACCAGCAGCUGCAGGAAGCCGGCGUCGUCUGGCUCCGAGUCCCGGUCCGACUCCUCCGAUGAUGAAGAGGAAAUUGAUGUUGUCACCGUGGAGAGCAAACACAAGCAAGCCCGGCCAGCCAGUGUCCGUAAGCCAGUGACCAUCACAGUCCGUGCUGACCCUUGUCCCAGACGCUUCCACGCGUCCGUACACCGGCAGCAGCACAACUAUGCCGCACGCUCCCCAGACAGUGGGCCUGAACCCGAUGAGGACGACGAAGACGAUGAUGAUGAUGAGGAUGAUGAUGGUGAUGAAGAGGAGGAAGAGGAGCGCCAAAGUAAACGUAUGUGUUGUCCGAGAUCCAGUCAGCCCACCUCUCCCUUGGGAAGCCCUUUGAAUUCUGACACGGAGGACACGGACCGCAGGAGGAACCACAACUACCUGGAGAGGAAGAGGAGGAACGACUUGAGGUACAGGUUCCUCGCACUACGGGAUCAGAUCCCGAGUCUGCAGUCAGCCAAGACCCCUAAAGUGGCCAUCCUGACCCACGCCACGGAGUACCUCACAGAGCUUCACGCCAAGGAGAAGCGACAACUGCAAGAGCGCAAGCGCCUCAAAGCUCGACAACAGCGUCUUCUUCGCAGGUUAUCUGCAUUGAAGCGUUCUUGAAACUUCCAAAGAAACAUUUUAAAGCCACCUUUUUUAUAUGACAACAGGCCUCGAUGCGAACAGUUUUAUUUGGAAUAAUCUCAUUUAAGCCUGGACUUUUUGAUUUGACCUUGUCAUUGAUCUUUGUGUGCCUGUUUUAUUUGCACAGUUUUUUUUAAAGCGAGGUAACAAGAUAUUUUAUUGUUAUGCUUAGUUUGGAGCUGAGAGAAUCUAAUGUGUGAUUACCGGUGUGAUAUGUUCUUGUGUGGAAGUGGGCUGAGGUGACUUCAUUCCAUCAUUGCACAUAUUGGAGUGGAGUGUAAACGAGCCUUACUGUGUACAAACGAUGAGUGUGAGAGUUUGUAGUUUUGUUUCUGCGGCUAUUCAAAUUACUCUGUAAAUAAUAGCUUUUUUCUCCUGGUGGAGGAGCAAAAACAAAUUUAAGGUUCAUCACAAAGCUUUCCUCUUUUGUAUAAUUUGCCACCAGGCAUUAAGGAGCCUCUAUUUUGUUAAGAAAAAGCGGGGGAGGAGUGGAAGACAAAAAAGUUUGAUAAGUAGCACUGCUGUACUUUAUUCUCACAUGUCACUUUGUGAAUUCUCAAUACAUCUACUGAUAUUGGUUAAUCCAACAGCAACCUUACAUUUUAUACCCUAUUUGUAAACAAAGUAUUUGAUUUUUACUCACAUGGUAGACAUUUUUUGUGAAAAUUUGAGCUGUAAUGAUUUAUUGAGGUGAUGUAGAAAAAUCUCUUGUCUUUAAUCUGAUUAAAAGUUUUAACAGUGAACCCACUUUGUAGCGCAAAAUCUCUGUAAUGUCUCUAUUAAUGCAUUUUGGUCAGUUUGUCAAUUCAGACAUGAUGCCUAAAUUUUAGUGACAAAUUACCACACAAUAGCAUAGACAAUGGCCGCACUGUUGGAAUAGAGAACUAUUUCUUACAUAAUGUACAAUUCAAAGGUCCACAGUCAUAUGAAUGUAGCACAAAAUCCUUUCUUCAAAGUAUAUUUAAAAAUAGUGCUUUAAAAACCCACAUUACAAAAAGAUUUAUGCUGAAAUGCAAGAUGCAGCUGAACUCUUUUUUUGUUGAUAUUUUAAAACACAAUAUAAGUUAGGCAACAUGGUGGCCCAUGGGUUGGUGCGUGUGCCUCACAAUACAUAAGAUUCUGGGCUGGGGAUCUUUUUGUGUGGCGUUUGCAUGUUCUCUCUCUGACUGCAUGGGUUCCCUCGGGAUAUUUAGGCUUCCUCCCACCUCCAAAGACAUGCACCUGGGGAUAAGUUGAUUGGCAACACUAAAUUAUCCCUAGUGUGUGAGUGUGAAUGUUGUCUAUCUGUGUUGGCCCUGUGAUGAGGUGGCGACUUGUCCAGAAUGUACCCCGCCUACCGCUCAAAUGCAGCUGAGAUAGGCUACUGCACCCCCCGCGACACUGAAAGGAACAAGCGGUAGGAAAUGGAUGAAUGGAAGUUGUUGAUACCAACAUGUUGUCAAUGCCCUGGCAGAAACUAAAUGUUUCCCCUUUGGGUUGAAAUAAGCUAUGAAAAAAAAACGUUAGAAACGCGAGUAUAGCUCGUGGCCAUUUUUAUUUUGUAAUAGUAGCCCUCGGGGGUAAAAGAGUUGGAGACCCCUGAACUACAGUACUGUUACUGUUGCACAUUUGCAAUUAGGCAGUUGAUGCGGUUCUGACAAGCUGCUGAAUCACUAUAUAAACAGCAAGUUGCCCCCCUCGAGAAAUGUGAGUGCAAAAAAAUACCACAAUCAUAAAUCAAAAUGAGUAUCUGGUCCACACAAGUGUAUACAUGUUUUAGAAAGACCGACACUUUUUUGUGUACAUGAACAAUAUAUUAAACGUUUUUUAAUAAACACA